UAUCCUACCCUCCCUCUCCCUCUCCCUCUCUCUGUCUCACGUCACAUUCUCAACCGCGUGCAUUCAUGCAUUCAUGACUUUCCAACCCAUGUCGAAGACUCUAAGACUGAGACCCGUGGAGCUCUGUCACAUUUCAAAUUGUCUGCAUUCCACGUGCUGCCCCUUCGUCGAAAUGCCCCCGCUCAAACGGGGCCCGAAGUCACCUCGCUUCUCGCGACGCCCCUGAUGCCUCCCGCUCUUUGCCCACCACUGUGCUGGCGGCGCGAGCCCUGGACGAUAUGUACGACGGCAUCGCCCGAAUGUCGACCUCACGUUCGUCACUUCUCUCCCUGCCUGCGAUCUCUCCUCACCCUGUUCGAUCUUCCUCCUCGUGCCUUCGAAGCCCAUGCCUCGCCGAAAGAAGUUGACCACCGUCAACCUGAGUUCGGGGGAUUCAUACUUCAGUCAUACUAGCGAGGACGUCUGCACACUCGACGGCCUCGCCCGCAAAUAUGAGGAGGCCUUGUCGGAGACCCGUCCCACGACGUUGUAUGCACCGAAUACUAUCUACCACGUUGAACGCAUUCAGCGCCUCUUCGAGGAAUACUGUGACAAGGUCCAUCUUGAUCCAAAGGAGACCCUGGGCGAACGCGGCACGGCUCGGAUGGAGAACUUUCUGCAUUGGUUGCUUCAGACCUUCACCAUCAAGAAAACCAGCACCGUGACGACCUACUGGCGGCAGUUGAGUCAGCUGUACAUUAUGUGGACACAGCGUCGAAUGGACCCGGCGGUGAUGAGACAAAUCUUCGUGUUUAUUGAAGGGCCGUUGACGGAAGAAUAUGGCCUGGACAAUGAGGAGGUUGAGAAACCCCUCAUGGAGGCGGACGAUUUCGUCGAGCUUAUUCGUUACCACUGGGCCUCGGAUAUCAACAGAUUUCCCAAUGAACGGCAACGCCUCCAGUUGGCGGCGAUUCUGUUGCUGGCAGCUUUCACCGGGUCUCGACCUCAAGCCCUGUUGGACUUGACGUACGGCGAUCUGGACCUCUAUAUCGAGAAGAACGCCGAGACUCAUGCCGACAUGCUCCGGCUGGGGGUGAAAUUGACAAAGACGAAGUCCCGGCAGAAGCGGAAACGACCGAAGACGUACACUUUCAAUCUGGACCGCAACCCAAUCUUCUGCCCCAUCACCCAUAUUGUCAGCUUGGCUUUUGAUGACUCGGCCUUCGGACCACCCGAUCUUAACUCACCCGACAUUCUGUUCCGUCUUCGGGCGCGGCGGGAAAAGGGUUGUCAGCCAAUUCCGUGGCGAAACAAUAUGCUUAACGUUCCCUUCUUUCGCCGUGCUGUCGCCACCAAGGAAGGCGUCAAGACAUCGCCAGAUAAAGCUCUAACCUACAAUGUUUAUCAGGCCUGGGUUAAGCGUCUAGGCGAGGCUUUGGGCUACCUACAGACGCUGACCACGUAUUGCCUCCGCCGAGCCCUGGGCAACGCCAUCAAUGGUAAGUGGGCUUCUCUAACAGGUCUGCCGAGAAGAGUUCAUCCCACUGACACGGCCACUCGCUUAGAUGAUCCCAAAUCUAACGCGGCCGUCCGUAACCUUGCGCUCGAUCAUGUUGGGUCUUCAACGAUCUUCGAACGGAAUUACCUGUCUCGUAUGAUUCGUUACAGUACGCAGGACGCAUUCUGGAACAGGGACAGCGAUCCGCAGGCGGCCAAAUCGGCCAGUCGCAUCGGACGUCUUCGCGAUCCGAACCGGCCGAGGAAGCUGACUGACGAACAGAGCCAUCGGGUUCGACGGUUGCCAUCUGUCCACCGGCUUCUGGAGUCGCGAGAUCGGGUUCGCGGCCUUAUUCUUCGGGACUUCGGAGUGCUUCGCAUGGCAGUAAGAGAGCCAAUCCAUGCGGAAUAUAAGAAGUUGGAACGUAUGGUUAACAGCACGAUUCGAGCCGAGGAGCGAGCUCUAUUGAAGUGCAGCCAGCGAGAGUACGACGAAACGGCUCCUGUUGAGGCGAUCCAGCAGCAGAUCAAAGGAAUUUCAGCUGAGGGGCAAGACCUGGCUCCAGAGUCGGACUCGACACAGAUUAAGAUCCCCGAACGACGGCAGAUUGCGGAAGCGGCCAUGAGCGACCCGGCGGUAUUCACCGGUCCCAAGGCACUAUUCCGACACAUAAAAUGUUCCGUCACGAUGAUCAGACUGUGUCAACGACGGGAGCGACGAUCGACGAGAGAAAUAUCUUCAGCUACAAGAAUAGAAUCCACGGCUAGCGUACAUAAUGCUCAUGACCUCCCGCCUUCAUCAACCUUCGAGCGUGUAUCCCCGUUGACGUGUCAGAAACACCAAUGUCUUUUCUGCCUGUGCAGUGAUCUACCCCAAGAAGAUCGGGAGAAACGGUAUGCCGGUAAGCACUCCCUCCAGCGACAUGCCGAACGCUGCCGCCUCCGGCACUUUCAAGAGAAGGACCGAAUUCCUUGCCCCGACAAUGUGGCUUGCCGUGGAAUGGUUUUCGAAGGAAAGUCGCAUUUCAAGAACCAUGCCGCUUCGGUACACCUUUUCGUUUUAUAAGCUAUCAUCAAACAACAAUCGAACAUAUUGUUAUAUGUCGACCGAGGCUAUACUUGUUCCGAUGUCAAUCUGUCCCAUCUGGCCUGAAACCUCUGAUCGCCUUCACCAUAAAAUGAUUGGAGUUUCUUCUACGAAGGAUCCUUCCGAAGACCUCUGUUAUGUUAUCGCGCACAAGACCCUCGACACAAGCCCGCUUUCCUGUGUUGUAUCGGUAAGUACUACUAGAAGCAGGAGUCAGGCGCAUAGAUUCGGGCCUUUCUGGAGUAAGAAAGAAGGUAUUCGGAAGAUACUUAGCUGUGCAUAGAUUCGGGCCUUUCUGGAGUAAGAAAGAAGGUAUUCGGAAGAUACUUAGCUGUGUUACUGGAGGAACUCCGUGCGCGAAACGUGCUUAUUACAUAGGGCUGACCGGAAUAUGAAGGAUGAAAGCCUGUUCGACAGACUCGGCAAGAAGCACGAAGGCCGAAUUUGGUUAAUUCGUUGUGCAGAUCAAGUUGCCUCGUCGUCCAUUAUGACCUCAUCGCUGGCCAUGGCAGACAUAACCAGGGUCAGCGAAACCCGAAGGUGAAUUCCGAGCAUGCAGAUUCAAUGAUAUUUCUCACAUCUCUGCAGGACUUCGAAAACCGCGGCUCUGCAGCAGCUAUUCAGACCCUUGAUGUCUAUAUCCAGCGGGUUGGAUCUUGAACGUUAAGUUGACACAAUGCAGCUUCGGUAUGACGGACGUCAGAAUUAUAUCACUGCCCCAUAAUACAUAGACUUUGUUGCGUAUGGCGAAGGCCGCUUUCGAGCAUAGAUAAGUAUCUUUCAAGACUUCUUUUCUUCGGAAUUGGUAGAAACUAAGUUAAUUCAGUUUGAGUCCCCACGGGCCAGCGUUUUCGACUCGACACAAGAAGAAUCAAGACUAUUGUGGAAGGAUACGGAGUCAGCUUGCUGACCUACAAGUCGUUUCUCGGAGGACCUACCCGGCGGAUUACGACCAGCACACCAACUCGCAUGUAUACGGCAAGUUCAUCCAAGAAACGACAAGCCUCGCACGCCUGCGUUCGAUGUCAUAGCCAUCACUUCAAAUGUUCCCGAGGGGACCGAUGUCUCCAAUGCGAUAAAGACAACGCAAAAUGUGUAUAUCGAGAGCGGAAAAAAUGUCGAGAUCAGAGGUGCGCUACCAGACCGGUAGAAGACUAGGCUGGACAGUGAUGAACUCGACAGAGAACUCAAAGAGCGCAGCGCAAUGAUCUACGAGUUGGAAAGGGAACAGGAGAUCCUCCUCGAGGCUCUCCGGGCGAUAACGCGUUCACCUCACUUCCAACCUGACAAGCAUCCAGACACAAUGAGGAUCUUAGAGGUAUCCGCGUUUCUGUCGAAUGCCAUCUACGUGCUGUGCUAAAUAUUCCAUUGGCGUAGGAGUUUGCACACAAUUCCAAAGCGGGCACUUUCUCAAACCCUGUUGUUGGCGACGAGAGUCUUGACUGGGUGACCGAAUCACGAUUUAAAGAUGUUCCAGGCAAGAGGACUCAACCUCAAACAAUGGACGGACCUCAGUUGGAUUUCAGUAGCACUGAAGCCAGAGGCUCGCAAGUGUCUGCGCAAAAUCUAUCAGCGGAAUUACAGAAGGCAUCCAUUCCCUAUAUCUUGAACAACCGGAAGUCUUGACUCAAAGGACUCAACGGCCCAAAAGACUCAAGACGACUUAUUAUUGAUCAACAUACUGGCAUCCACGGCGAUGAGAUGCCACAACCUUGGUAGCUCAUGCUCAUCAGCUAGCUAGCCCUCAGGCACUUGAAGACCCUGCUCCGCGAAUCUUCGAUACCACCCAACUUGGACAACCUUCCAUAGAGUCGAGCUCGUCUAUAGCGCUGAACGCAAGUAGCAUGCAUGGAAAUUGAGAGCCUAAAGAUCUGAAAUAAAGGUUACCACUCUUCAUACAUGCCCAGCCCCAAGCUGCCGCAAUGUCUGAUG